AUGGGCAUUGACAGGUGGGAUAUUUCCUUUGCAGCUGUUUUACUAACCCACAUCAUUUUAUGUCCUUACACAAAGGUAGAAGAAUCUUUCAACAUGCAAGGAGUCCAUGAUAUGAUGGUAUACAACUAUGAUGUUGAAGUAAUUUUUACUCAGAAUUACGAUCACCAUGAAUUCCCAGGAGUUGUUAAGCGCACUUUUAUGGCUGCUUUAGGGCUGGCUUAUCUGACUUUCCCUUUGUUUUAUUCUCUUGUAUCAUUAGGCUUUGCAAAGUUGUGUGGACUUAUUAUAAGUAACUAUUAUUUAGCAAGACUAAACUUAGCGACGAUAAAUUUUCUAGCUUAUCGUUAUUUGCGUACAUCUGUAUCUAAAGUAUUUGGAGAAGACGCUGGGAUUGCACUUUAUAUCAUUACGUGUUGUCAAUUCCAUUUACCAUUUUACAUGUCUAGAACUCUACCUAAUACUUAUGCUCUUACUAUUUGUGUCCUUAUUUUUGCGUUUUGGAUUCAAGAAAGAUAUAAAGAAGUAGGCUGCUUGCUAGCAUUUGGAGGAAUUUGCUUUAGAUGCGACUUGAUUUUAUUAGCGUUGCCUGUAUUGGAUAUUUAGAUUGGGAUUUGGAUGAUUUUGUAUGCAAAUAAAGCUGCGUUAAAGCAGACAGUGUUUUAUUCAGUGAUUAUGGCUGUGGUGUCAUUGAUAAUUACUAUAUCAGUCGAUUCAUUUUUUUGGAGAACUUUUACGUGGCCUGAGUUUGAGGUGCUAUUUUUUAACACUUAUGAGAAUAAGAGUCAUGAAUGAGGAGUUUCACCGUGGUAUUGGUAUUUUACGUCAGCAAUACCUAAAAUGCUGAUGGGAGAAAUCAUGCUUUUUGCAGCUGGAAUCAUAUAUAGAAUUUUCCCAUAGAUGGCACUGUUUGCCCUUGAUUUGCCCACUGAAAAAACUUUUUGGUUUGACCAAACCAUAUGGUACUGGUCGAACCAAAAAAUUUUCACAGUGGGCAAAUCAAGGGCAAACUGCUCCAUAUAUGGGAAAUUUCUAUACCAGCAGCCUAAAGCGAAAAUUAUUGACCCAAGGAUGACUCAUAUUUUAUUUCCUGUUCUGUCAUUUGUCGUCCUUUAUUCAUUUUUGCCUCACAAAGAGCUUAGGUUUUUAUUCCCAAUCGCUCCAGGAAUAAACAUAAUUACAGCUAUUGGGUUCAUAAAAAUGUAAAAUUUAUUCAGAACAAAAUGCAUCUAUAAGUCUGAUUUUGUUAAUGCCUCACUGCUAAUUUUAGCAUCCCUUGCAUUAAUCGCUACUUGUCUUGGUACAGCCCUUGCACUUUACGUAUCUCACUACAACUACCCAGGCGCAAUAGCAAUCCAAGACUUCACAAAAGCAUACACAAAAAUGAAAGAAAUGGACCAAAGCAUGCCAAAUCCAUACAUACACAUUGACGUAUACCCAGCACAGACAGGAAUCACAAGGUUCAACGAAUAUGUAAACAACUGGAGAUACUCCAAAAAAGAAAAUCUGACUGAUGACGAUCUUCAAGAAUUCACCCAUUUAAUCACAGAUAAGCCUAACGUAAAAGGAUUCACAAUAUUACGAGCAAUUAAAGGUUUUGAAAAAAUUGACUGGAGAAAUCGCAAAAUCGAGCUUGCAGAUAAAAUUUACGGCUCCAUGCCAAAUGACCGUGGAUUUUUGACAGUAUAAAUCCAUUUGGUCCAAAAUUUUUGAUAGUGCGGCAUUUGGCCUAAAAAUUAACGGUUUUUUUUUCGGUCAAAUGUCUCACUAUAGAAAUUUUCGAUCAAUUUUCGGCCAAAUUUUUCGGUGAAAUGGGCACUAUCAAAAAGGCAAUGUCAUUUGACCUACACCAAAAUUUUACAUAUAUAAAAGAGAUGAUAUUCAUUUCCAUACCAAGCCGUUGGUAGAUCACAAAUGUCGAGAAACCCAUGCAUAA